AAACAACCGCAGCAGCAAUGGCAGCCGCAGCCUUUCAGCAACGCCAUCAGCAGCGACAGCAACAGCAGCAACAUAAUGAAAUGCAACAACGCUUGCAAGCGCAACACUUGUUGCCGCCACCCCCGCUGCCGCCUCCGCAUAUGGUUUGGCCGCCGUUGAAUGGCGAUGGAAUGGCUAGUAUGUUGCCGCCUCCACUCAAUCAGCAAUUGCAUCAACAACAACAGCAGCAACAACAACACCAACAGCAUCGUUCAUUAGUGGCGCCUUCAUUGCCGCCGCCGCCCCUGUUGCAUGGCACGCACGAAAUGCCUCAUCUAGGUGUUGGAGAUUCGUCCUUAUACCACCAACAGGCGAACCAUAUUGCGGACCAAGGCCUACUGCCGCCGUCCUUCGGCUGUCCUCCAACGAUGCAAACCAUGCCGCCCACGCAUACACAUCAACAACAACCAUAUUUUGAUUUUUUCAACAAUAAAAUGAGUCUGCUGAAUUGAUGGUCAAUAUAGUGGAAUUGAUGUCAAAGUAUAGCUGAAUUAAUAUGAACAUGCAGCUGAAGAAUUCUAGUUGCAACUGAAUGAUCAGCGCUCUUUUCAUGGCUGAGUAAUAUGCGAUUUCAUUCAGCGCUCGGUUUGAAAAAGCAAAAAACCACAUAAGCGCCUGACAAAUGUGUGAACCAGUCAAUAUGAAAUUUAUAGGACGUAAAUGAAGUUCCGCACUUAAGCUCGUACUUAAGCCAAAUUAAAUUAACGUUUAGCUGAAUAAGUUCAACGGCGUAUCUGAUAAUAAGAUUCUUAUAUCAUAUGAAAUGCAAAAGUAUAGUGAAGUACAUACAUAUGUAAAUGUGUAAAGGCAAACAGUAAGAAAAUAUUGGUUUCCUUAUUUUUUAUAUCCUAUAUUUUAUUUUAAGUUUUUAAUUAAGUUUCAUAAAGUGAAAAUGAAUUUUAAAAAUAUUGUGCAGGCACAAAACACAGGAUAUGCAAAAUGGCGUCUAUUGUUUCAAGCAAAAUAUUUCGAUUUUUUAACGCCAAAUUUAACUCUGAUUAUUACCUUAGCUUUGGACUGUCAUCCUUCGUCAAACUGACGACACGCGUUCUUAAAUUCAAACUUUCUCAUGUUUUCAUCGUUUGGCUCUAAUUUUGUAAGUUAUAAAAACGAGGAAAUGAUUUGUGAAUUACAUAUUUUAAUAACAAAUUUAAUUUAA